AAUGGGAAGCGCUCCUCGUGCUCUAGGUGUUUCAUAUAUCAAUGCAAAUGGUGAGAGAGAACGAGCCAUGAUACGUAAAGAGGUGAUUCUUUCCGCUGGAGCAUAUGGGAGUCCCCAACUAUUGAUGUUAUCUGGAAUAGGACCACCGGAUAUACUCGCUCCACUUGGAAUUCCUGUUGUUAUGCCACUCCAUGGAGUUGGUAAAAAUUUGCAGGAUCACUGUGCAGUUUUGUUCUCAUGCAAGUCACCCAAUCCCUCAGAAGACAGAAAACAUCGAGAUUUGUAUUAUACAGAAGAGACUGGAAAGGAUUGGAAGACAAUUUUGACCUGGGUUGUAGCUGGAAAAGGUCCCUUAACAAGCACCAUGUGUGAAGCAGGCGCAUUUUUGAAAACGAAUCCAAUAUUCAAUGAUCCAGAUUUGCAACUUCGGUUUAUUCCAUUUUUUUCUGAAGCCGAUCCAUACUUCUCUUUGAGUGACUAUUCAUCAAAGGGCAUGUUUUUUAAAAAUCGUUCCCAUCGACCUUCAGGUUUUACCAUCCAAUCAGUUGCUAUUCGUCCUAAAUCUAGAGGUAGGUUGACAAUCCAGUCAAAAGAUCCCAGGAUGCUCCCAAUUAUUGAAUCUGGUUGGUUCUCAUCACAAGAAGAUUUAGAAACCCUUCUUCGAGGCAUUUCACUGUCACAGAAACUUGUACAUGCUUCGCCUCUUGCAUCGUAUUUUGGUGAACAAUGCUUCCCAUCGACUGGAUUAUCGAAGAAAGAAGACAUUAUUCGUUAUAUUUCAAGUACUUGUCAUACUGCAAAUGCAGUCGUUGGUACAUGUCGUAUGGGAACGGAUAAACAAGCAGUUGUCAAUCCCAAUCUCCAAGUCAUGGGAGUAGAACGUCUAAGAGUGCUCCUACAAUUAUGAUUGCAGAGAAAGCUGCAGAUAUGAUACGUGGAAAGUUAUCUUUGAAAGCAAAUUUUGA